UAGAACAACGCACGCGCAGUGAAAAACAGUGGCAGAGGUGGGGGCGACGCGCACAGCUUCUUGGGAGGGGUAGUCUUCUGCACUCGCGCCCUUCCAGCUCGACUAGAGGCUCGCGCAGGAGCUGCCUAAGGUGAAUAGAUGUCAUCUGAUUGGCUGUCCGGAAAAAUGAACAGUCUUUGUGGUCCAGGGCUGAGACCCGUGAGGAGACGGGGCGGGAUUUCGGGCGCUAGGAGGCGGGGCCCCUUGGCUUUGGGCGCGAGUGGUUAAAAGACAGUUGGUGUCGGUUCGGCUGCUCGAGUUGGAUUCCGCGGUCCCAGCCCUGCCCCAUGGCCGACCCUGAGGAGCUGCAGGUUUCUUCGCCGCCCCCGCCGCCUCCUUCUUCUCCCUCCUCUUCAGACGCCUCUGCAGCAUCUUCCCCGGGCGGGCCAGUGAGUUUGAGCUGGCCAGUUCCGAGCAGGAGCAGCGGCCGAAAGGUUGACCCGCUGGAGGAAGUGGAGCUGCAGAUCGGAGACGCAGCCUUUUCAUUAACCAAACUCCUUGAAGCCACAUCUGCAGUAUCAGCUCAAGUGGAAGAGCUUGCCUUCAAAUGUACAGAAAAUGCACGUUUCCUUAAAACAUGGCGGGACCUCUUGAAAGAAGGCUAUGAUUCUUUGAAACCUGAUGACUAAUUUGACAUACUUCGUUGUUUAAUAAUGACUGCAUUACUUCAUACAUCUUCAUAUGUCAUAUUUGUACAUUUACCACACGUAUAGGAUGACCUCUGUCCAGAAGUUCUGUAUGUACUCAGAAUGAAAUUUUUCUUGGUUUUUGAA